GCGUAUGAUCUUCCCCCUCCGCCCACCCCGGUGCAGCCUCUCUAUGACCUGGGGCAGGAUGGGAAGGUGAGAGAGACCCCCCCUGAAGUGUUCCAUGCUCUGUCUGAGCUGGGGUACAGCUCCUUCCGGCCAGGACAAGAAGCAUCGGUGAUGAGGAUACUCUCAGGGCUCUCAACACUGGUGGUCCUGUCGACAGGAAUGGGCAAAUCUCUCUGCUAUCAGCUUCCCGCAUACCUGUACGCAAAGCGGUCGGAAUGCAUCACAUUGGUGAUAUCGCCGCUAGUGUCCCUAAUGGAUGACCAAGUCUCUGGCCUUCCACAGCGCCUUAGAGCUGUCUGCAUACACUCCAAUAUGUCCAAGUCCCAGAGAGAGGCUGCUGUGGACAAGGUAAAGGCUGGGAAAGUCCACGUGCUCCUGCUGUCCCCCGAAGCCUUGGUGGGGGGAGGCUUCUCCGGCUCCAGCUGCCUCCCCUCGGCGGAUCAGCUCCCCCCAGUGGCUUUUGCCUGCAUCGACGAAGCCCACUGCGUCUCAGAGUGGUCCCACAAUUUCCGCCCUUGUUAUUUGCGGCUCUGUAAGGUUCUUCGGGACCGCUUGGGUGUGCGCUGCUUCCUGGGCCUCACGGCCACUGCCACCGUGUCCACAGCAAAGGACGUGGCUCAUCACUUGGGCAUCCCGGAGGGCGAGGGGAUCGCCGUACGCUCCGCUGCGGUCCCCCCAAACCUUCAUCUCUCUGUCUCUACAGACAGAGACAAGGACCAGGCCCUGGUGUGCUUGCUGCAAGGGGAGAGGUUUGGGAGCCUGGACUCGGUCAUUGUUUACUGCACGCGCCGGGAGGAGACCACUCGCGUUGCGGCCCUGGUCCGCACUUGUCUGCAGGGCGUCAAGCUCAAGGAACCUGCCGGUGCGGAGGAGCAGGAGGAAGAUGAUGAUGCCGCUGGGAGGAGGAAGAAAGCAAAGGCUAAAAAGAGCAUUCGCCGUCCCUUGAAAUGGAUCGCCGAAGCCUACCAUGCUGGGAUGUCUGCCGCCGAGCGCCGUCGUGUGCAGAACAACUUCAUGUCUGGCCAGCUGCGGGUUGUGGUGGCCACGGUGGCCUUUGGCAUGGGGCUGGACAAGUCCGACGUGCGCGGCGUGGUGCACUACAACAUGCCCAAGAACUUCGAGAGUUAUGUACAGGAGAUCGGGCGGGCAGGAAGAGAUGGCAAGCCAGCCCAGUGCCACCUCUUCUUGCACCCAGAGGGUGAGGAUCUGCAUGAGUUGCAGAGACACAUCUAUGCAGACACUGUGGACUACUUGGCUGUGAAGAGGCUGGUGCAGAAGGUUUUCCCUCGCUGCAGGUGCCGGGGACUUCACCAGAAACAGCAGGAGCUCAUCAAGGGCCACGAAGUGGAGGAUGCGGAAAUGGUAGCUGCUCUGGAAGCAAGUGGAGAGGAGGAGCAGUUUGACGUGGAGGAGGGGGAGCCCCGAGCGUGCCACAAGCACGAGAGGGCCAUCCCCAUUCAGCAGACGGUGGAGGCCCUGGACUUCCGAGAGGAAGGCAUAGAGACGCUUCUGUGUUACCUGGAACUGCACCCUCGGCACUGGGUGGAGCUGCUGCACCCCACCUUCUCCUCGUGCCGGGUGGUGUGCUAUGGCGGCCCUCAAGAGCUGCGUACAGUCGCUCGAAGGUGCCCCCCUCUGGCAGUCUGCCUGGCCCAGCAGCGCCUCAAAGGGAUCGAUCUCACGCACGCCACUUCAGUGGAGUUUGACGUUGUUGAGCUGGCAGACUCCAUGGGCUGGGAGGUCUUGCCUGUGAAACGUGCACUCCGCCAGCUGCAGUGGAACACAAGGCUACAGAAUGGUUCCCACGUGUCUGGGAAGAGCGGUGUCCUGGUGGAGUUCAGCGCGCUCUCCUUCCACCUGCGCUCCUACGGCGACCUCACUGAUCGGGAGCUGGACUCUGUGUGCACCUUCCUGCAUCGCCGAGUCGUGGGCCGGGAGAAGACCGCCCUCCGCCAACUCCAGCUUUGUUUCCGAGCCUUCCAGAGCGUAGCUUUCCGGUCCAGCGCCUUGUGCUCUGACUUUGUGGACAAGGAGAGAAGCUCCCAACUGAAGGCCCUGCUGAUGGAUUAUUUUGAGAAGGAGAUGAUGCCAGAGGAGGCGAACCCUGCGUUCCAGGACGAAGAGCAGGGGGUAGAGAGUCUCCAGGACAUUAAAUUCCGGGACUGGGAGGAGCAGAUCCGAGCCGACAUCCUCCACUUCCUGUCCAUCCGCCAAGAGGAGAAGUUCUCCGGCAGGGCUGUAGCCAGGAUAUUCCAUGGCAUUGGGAGUCCACGUUAUCCUGCACAAAUUUAUGGCAGAGAUCGGCGUUUCUGGAGGCGGUACGUCCACUUUGACUUUAACAAGGUCAUGCGCUUGGCUACGGAGGAGAUCAUCGGCUGGAAAUGA